AUGGCUGAACUCAAGAACAUGAUGGCUCAAGUUCUUAAGGGACAGCUCAAGCAUAUCAAUGCAAUAGAAGGGAUGAGUGAUGCGAAUGAAGACCCAUCAAGAGAGUGCAUGGGAGAUUUCUCUAAUGAAGCUAAUGAAGAAGAUGUGAACUACAUUGGAAACUAUGGGAACAAGGGAUACAAUCCAAGCUAUCGCCCAAACCCCAACAUGUCUUAUAGAAACCCCAAUGUGGAGAACCCUCAAGACCAAGUGUAUCCUCCAAGAUACCCACAACAACAAAGACCUCCUUACCAAUCUCAAGGAAGUCAAUUUCAGCCAAGGCAAGGGUAUGAUCAGCGAGCAUCAUAUCCGCCCAAGGAGCCAUAUGCUUCUUCACCAAAUCAAGCUCCUCCAAACCAACAAGGAGGAAGAUUUGAAGGAAUCCUCCAACAGAUCAUGGAUGGCCAGAAAAGGAAUAGCAAAGAGAUGUAUGAGAAGAUGGACACUUUGUUCAGCAAUCUCAACACCAAGUAUGAUGCUGUUGCCACUCAUGUGAAGAAACUAGAAACUCAAGUCACCCAAACCAUGGAAGCUGUUAAGAGACAGGAAGCUGAAUCCAAGAAGUCCUUUUGCAACUCAGCCGCCAUAGAAGAAGGAAGAUUUGAAGAUCAAGUACCAGAAUGGAUGCUUUCAAAACCUACUGUUGAUUGCAUGAUUUGGCCUGAAGAGAUAUACCCAGAGAAGGAGUCCAAUCGAGCUAGGAAAGAAGACUCUUUCCAAAGAUCAUUCCCAAGACUGAUAACUCAGGGAAAUCGGAAAUUGCUCUAUCCUACCGACUUUCAAUUGUGGAAGAUGAGAGAGAGUAGCCAUAGACCUCUCAUAUUUGGUACCCCUUUCCUGUCUACUGUGGGCGCCAUAUUUGAUUUCCCAAAUCAAAGAAUCUCUUUCAACAAGGUGAACAAGGGUAUGUUUUUCCCUAUGUGUUCAACAAGAAACUCUUUUGUUGACAUGGUUCAAGAGGAGAAAGCUACUCUAGAGCCACCCAAAGAAGGAGAAACUGAAGAUUCAAUCAAGGAAGAUCCCAUUCCUAUGCCCAAGCAGCUUGCCACUCAAGCAAGGAGUAAGACUAAGGCACCUAAACCAAAACCGCCCAAGGGAUCAUCCAAGAUUGAGAUGAAGCCAACCAAGAAGGAAGUAAGGAAAGCCUCGAUCUGGCCCAACCUGAAGCUUCUCUUCCCAAAGGAGCUUAUUGAUGAGAAUCUAGAAGGAUUCAAGGAGAAAGUUACAAGAACUCUACAACUUUUUCCUAAGGCAUUGUGCCAAGGGACAUUCAUGGAGAGAUUGUCUAUCCAGCUGUGA